UUGCCUUUUCCGGACGGAGCUUAUAUGACAUUUCGCCCCUUUUGUACUGCUCCUGCUCUGCUUCCGCGGCCUUCUCCUCGCUUGUUCCUCCGAUUUCCCUCUUCCUCGUUCUCAUAUCACCACUCCGGCGGCUAGGUCGAUUUUUACUUUCCAAAUUAAUUGCUUCAGCUUUCUGUUUUUCAAUUUGCAUACACAGGUUACAGAAAAUGAAUCAGAUGCAAACAGAGAGUGAGGAAACAAGGAUUCAAGAGAAACCGAUUGAUUUGACAUCUAUCGAAGAAGGCAGCAGCUUGAGUUCACUAAGUGGAGGAAAUCGUGUUCUGAAAAAGGGGCCUUGGACGGUUCCAGAGGAUGCAAUUUUGUUGAAUUAUGUUAAAAAACAUGGGGAAGGAAAUUGGAAUGCUGUUCAGAAGCACACAGGUCUCUCUCGAUGUGGCAAAAGUUGUCGUCUACGGUGGGCCAAUCAUCUCAGGCCAAAUUUAAAGAAAGGUUCCUUUACACCAGAGGAGGAACAAUUGAUAAUUGAACUCCAUGCUAAAAUGGGAAACAAAUGGGCUCGUAUGGCUGCACUUAUGCCUGGCCGAACUGAUAAUGAAAUAAAAAACUACUGGAAUACAAGAAUAAAAAGACGCCAACGUGCUGGUUUGCCUCUAUACCCAUCUAAUAUAUGCUAUCCAGUUUCUGAGGAAAAUCAACAAUACAAGAAUUCCAGUGAAUAUAUGUUAAGUGACAAACAGCCCAAUGAUCACUUUCAAGGAAGCAAUUUUGAAAUUCCUGAUACUGUACUGAACAACUUCAAUGCUACCCAUGGGUCUCUAUAUAGUGCUUCAUCAUUCUCAGAUGUAAAUGUUAAUAGCCUACUCAGUCAGAGUUUUGAACCCCAGAGCAGUACCAUCGGGAAUUCAACAUUGAGUUAUAUGAAGCACUCUGAAAAGCUAUACCCUACUAUCCCUAGUAGCAUCUCUGAUGGACUUUCUACUUUUGCAUAUAUGGUCGUAGAGCCUAGGGGAAAACAACUGACUUCUAUAUUAGGUUAUCCGUGUGAUCCUGAUCCCAGAAAGAAGAACCUACAACAUUGUGGAGGAGCAAUCCCUGGUAGCCGUGCCCUUCUAAAUGGUGUAUUUUCUGCUCCUGGUCCUAUUCUUGGGACUUCGGAUUUGGAGCUCCCUUCAUUCCAAUGUACAGAAACUGAGGAUAGUUGCUGGCCUCCAUGUUCAUCCACUCUUGAAGCAACUGAUGUGUUGGGUAACUCUCCCUCAGAAACUAUUUCAUUGCAAUCUGACUGUGUUUCACCAAGGCAAAGUGGUCUACUGGAAGCAUUGGUACAUGAAGCACAAACAAUAAGUAACACGAAGAAAGAACCAUCUAUCAUAAACAAUGUGGAUGCAUAUGAUCUAGAGUCAGAAAGUGUCAAUGAAACAAAGUUGGAAAGCCAAAGUAACCCCUCUAUUUCUUCUCUGAGUCGAUCUGCUGGUGUCUUCAGUUCAAGCACCUCCCUGAUCAGCUGCGGCUCUGUAGAUGAGUGUCCACAUUCUAACAUCUUUUCAAAUUCUAACAACAUGAUGGCAACCAAAAUUUUUUCUAGUCAUAAAGUUCAGGAGAGAGGCACUUCAUUCUCUGUAGAUUUCUCGAGGCCAGGUUCUUUACUCGGUUCAGUUUGGCUUGAAUAUGAUUCUUGUCGUGUCAGAGAGUACUCUGUCCUGAAUGACUCCUUUGCAACAUUGUUAGGCCAAGAUUUGUGCAGCAACUUCAAACCUGUACCUGUUGGAACACCUUCUCUAACGCAGGGAGUUGGACUCGACGCGUACCUGUGGAAUAAAAUGCCUCAUGCAUGUCAAAUGCCUUGAUUUCUUUGAGGUGUUACUAUGAGGUGGCGUUUGGUUUAUUUCUGAUGGAAGCCAGUGUCCUAAAUGACGGGAUUAAAACAGCUGUGUUGAUGUGCAUUUUAUUGUCUACAAAAAUCAUAAGACCUGCUAUAUGAGUCUUAUUUUGUCAUGUAAGACCAUAUCAAUAAUAAUUUGAAUCUGGAGUGGAAAAUAUACAAUUAAGUUUCUAAUUUUGUUCGAGUUUAAGUGAUCUCGGCAAUGCUGUGAUUACAUCUUUGAACCUCUUUUAUAAACACUGCAUGCUUUCUUGAACAUUUGUGAACUUUGUGUGCUUGUUUUAGGUAUUAA